CCCUUCCAUCACAAUCAUCAUCAAUAGGCAAGCUAUAUUAGAUACAUCAACAUCCAUGACAGAUCAAUAAGGACCGCUUUCAGAUCAUCUCAAUUUCGACUCGCCAGACAUGGUCACUUCUCCGCUUGUCGUAUUGGCAUUACAAUGUGCGGGAAUGUUGACAGGCACGUUUAUUUGUGGAAUAAUUCCAUUAUACCUUUCACUUUCCAAAACCAAGCUGCGCAUGUUAGAAGUGAUUGGUGCUGGACUAUUGGUUGGUGCCAGUAUGACUGUCGUUUUACCAGAAGGCGUUCAAGCUCUGUAUUCUGCUGGGGAAGGACAUCAUUCGCAUGAACAUGGUAUCAUGGCACAAUCGACAUCUCACCUCUCACAGAUACCGUCUACACUCGCAUCCGGUCAAGCACAAUCAUCAUGGGCAUGGAGCAAAUUGUCAAAACGAACAACACGGGAACGGGAUUUUGAUCCAGAGAAUACUGUUGGCAUAGCAUUAUUGGCUGGUUUUCUAGUGAUGUUUCUAAUCGAUCAAAUCGCAUCACCUGGAGCACACGUUCAUGCAGGGCCAAGCGGACCGGAUCGAGAAGCACAUAGCCACUGGCAUGGACCUUCGCAUCGACCAGAAGCUCUUCGAUUGACUAGGGCAUCAUCUUUGAUGAUCUCAAAAGACGAUCCUUCACAAAGCUUGAAUUCUUCAUCAGGUAGGCAUUUCCGAGUCGAUCCUUCUAGCACGGAAAGUAGCCCGGAACAAAUGCCCGCUGAUCAUGAUUACGUUCCUCAUUCUCAAGCUCAUCUUCUUGAUGAUUCCCAUCAUACAGGAACUUCAACAACUUCACGCGAUGAUUCAAGACCAGCAAAUAGACCUAGAAAAUCUUCGGAUGCACAGAAUAGAGGAACAAGUGCAAAUGGUGGUCAUUCGGAUUCAUCGCAUAGCCGAUCAAUUCGACAAGCAUUUGCAUCGAUUGCAGGUCUGAUCAUUCAUGCUGCAGCGGAUGGAAUCGCAAUGGGCGCAAGCGCUGGCAGUGAUGAUGAUAGUUUGAAAUUGGUUGUUCUGCUGGCGAUAAUGAUUCACAAAGCUCCAGCAGCUUUUGGAUUAUGUACACUGUUGAUGGGACAACGAUUACACAAAAGUCAAAUUCGUAAAGCGAUUGCAAUUUUCAGUCUAUCAACUCCGGUUGGCGCAAUUUUCACCUAUCUAUUCCUUUCUCUUGUUCUUAAAUCAAGUCCUGAUUCCAACUCCAACGGAAUCGGGUCAGAGCAUAUUGGCGGUGCACUUACAUUUAGUGCUGGAACGUUUAUGUUUGUUGCCAUGCAUGCUGUACAGGAAUUAACAUCAGCCGCCGCUGAUAUCGAUCUGGAUGCAAGCACGCAUCAUCACCAUCAUGGUCAUGCUCAUCAUUACGAAGGCGUUUCAACAUCCCCGCAUGGAGCUCCAGCUGAGGCUCUCCCUCGUCAAAUCUUGGGUAGGACAGGAAGGCUUUCCUGCUUUUUAUUAGGCACAAUCUUACCUAAAAUCCUGCAAGGCUUGGUCGGACAUCAUCAUUAAAGCUGUGCAUAAUCUGCUGCAUCAUUCAUCAUUAUCGUGUUUUGUACUGUAUUAUAUCAUUUUUUUUUCGCUAUCAAACGAAGAUCAGCCAGU